AUGGGAAUAAAGCAAAAGGCAGUUCGUGUGUUCUCAGGAGGCAUAAUCAGUCAAGUAGAUGAAGGUAAAGAUUUGACCGUGGAACGCGUCGUGCUGUGUUUAAUUAUUAAGAUCGGAAAGAGUGGAAGCAAGGGUUUCGGAGACGAGACGGGAAAAGACAAAAAAGGCACUUAG